CGAGCAUCUCACGCUCAAGUUGUUUAUCCUUUCUCCCGUUCUUCGACGGAUCCCAUCCGUUAGCAGCCGGGUAUCUGGGUCCGAAAACUCCACUUGCGUUCCAUUCACAAUCUUACCCUGUACGCUAUGACUAGCACUGACGAUACAUUCGAACUCUACGACCUUCGGGUCGAGGUCAUCUGUCCCCCUGGUGAACGAAUCCUGUGCGGGGCAAGGGAGGGUGAUUACUUUACGCUUGAAGGCGAGCUUCUGCGCCUGCCGCCUGGUCAAGGGUUCUCGAUUUACUCCCUGGGUGCCCUGUUGCCAUUACUAGCAGCCAAGCAGCGCGUCACGCAUCCGAACGACUGGAUGUCAACUGACGCUCUGGUCGCCUGCCCGGAUCCUAAUUGCAAGUCCCAAUUGAAAGUGGUUAGAACUGGGGUGAGGAAGUUCCGGCAUGCGGAUACGACUGUGGUGCCCCUUGGAGAGGAAAAGAAGGUUUCUGCUGGCUAGUUUUAGCUCGGCCGCGGCCGCGGUGUGGAUUGAAUUUCAAGGCAGAGAAUGGUGGCACACACGAGAAAUGAGGCUCUUCAAGAGGUUUCGGGCCGCCUUUUCCAUACGGUUAGCUGAGAAGGAAUGGCCCCGUUUUACAAACUCCCUCAACUGUGACGGAAGGAUCUUUCGCCGUGGGUCUCGGUUUGGGUUUCUUAAGAUGACUUGGGCAGAGAGCAAAUCCAUGCAACAGCACUCGACCAAUGACGUGGGCGCCCGUAAAGUUCUCCCCACUGAGUUCUACGCGUCCUUCCUGUCUAAUGCAGCCAAAAGACGAAAGCCCUCCCCGAUUCGUAGUCUGAUACCUAUGGAGGCUGCACCCCAUAUGAUAUCGAUGCUAGCCGGCAAGCCCGACCCCAAUACCUAUCCCUUCGCAAGCAUGGUCGUAUCUGUAAAGUCUCCAGACUCUUCCUCGCUUACGGACAUCGAACUGCGUGGUGAAGACCUGGCAACCGCGCUUCAGUACAACGAGAGCGGCGGGGUUCCCGAGCUUGUGGAGUGGGUGACAGGAUUACUCAAAGACGUCCAUGAACUUGGUGAGGAGGAGGAGGACGGCUUGAGGGUUUGUAUUGGCGCGGGAAGCCAGGAUCUUUUGUAUAAAGCUUUGACGGUGUUGGUUGACCCGGGAGAUACGGUCGUCGUAGAAGCUCCUACGUACCCGGGCGUUCUACCUGUAUUGCAUUCUCUAAAAUGUAAUAUCGUAGGAGUCACUUCGGAUGAGGACGGCCUGGUUCCGUCUUCCCUUGAGGUCCUGUUGGAUUCAUGGUCAACAGACCAGCCGUUCCCAAAAUUAUUAUACACCGUACCUUACGGAGCGAAUCCCACCGGCAUGUCCACCACUGCAGCCCGGCGCAUCGAAAUCCUGCAUCUCGCCCGGAAGCACAACAUCCUCAUCCUCGAAGAUGAUCCUUAUUUCCACCUGUACUAUGGAUCAGGCCCUCCGCCGCCAUCUUACUUGUCGCUUGAGCGUAAAGUUGAUGGGGAAAUCGGCAGAGUUGUGCGGUUCGAUAGUCUAAGCAAGAUCCUUGCGGCUGGUUUCCGUUUGGGGUGGACCGCAGUUGCGACUCUGCAGCCCCCGACGUUCUCCCAGAUGGUUGUUCUCAAACUCCUCCAGUCAUGGGGUACUUCAGGGUUCUUGACGCAUGCUGCAGGUGUCGCUGAGUACUAUCGAAGGAAGCGGGAUGUGUUUGAGACGUACUUGAACAAGCAUCUCACGGGUUUGGCGCAGUGGAACACACCGAAUGCAGCGAUGUUUUACUGGAUCAAGCUGAACCUCCCACCGGGAGGUAGUGAGACAGUGAGUGGGGAUUCGGCGAUGUUCAUCAAGCAUAGUGCCAUGCACAAAGGUGUUUUGAUGUUGCCAGGAGAGUCCACAUAUCAUGAUGGGCGAAAGACAUGUUAUGCGAGAGUUUCAUUUAGCUUGCUCAGUGAUGAGGAUGCGGACGAGGUUCUGAGAAGGCUUGCGGCUGCGCUACGCGAUGAGUGGCAUAGUACUGAAAAUGCGUAG